AUGGAUUCAAACUCUGCACACAAUCCUGUGUUUCUUGUAUUUCCUCCGGAGAUCACUGUUUCCAAGUUUCAGUCACCAGAGUUUAUAGCCACAACCUAUGAAUCCAGCGGCCCUUUUCCAAAAUCACUUACCACAAAAAUGAAAACCUUAGGGGCUAUCCAGAUCCUGUUUGGACUGCUGAACUUUUUCUUUGGAGUUGUUUUCCUUUUUACCCUUGAAAACCCAUACCCAAGGUUCCCCUUUAUAUUUAUUUCAGGAUAUCCAUUCUGGAGCUCUGUUUUGUUCAUUAAUUCUGGAGCCUUCCUAGUUGCACUGGAAAGAAAACCCACAGGAAGCCUGGUGAAGACAACCCAAGCAAUGAAUUCUCUUAGUGCCUUGGCAGCAACAGCUGGAAUUAUUCUCAUCGCACUUGGUCUCGUUCUAGAUCAAAACUACUUUUGUGGCCAUGAAGACACAAAUAGCCGGUGCCCGGCCAUUAAUACCCUAUUCAUUGGAAUUUUGAUUAUGUUGAUGGCCUUCAGCGUUAUUGAAUUAUUCAUCUCUCUGUCUUUCUCAAUUCUGAAGAGAUGCUUUUAUUGUUGCAACUGUGACUAA